AUGGAGUUUGUGGGACAUGGUCGUGGCGACUUCGAGAAGGAGAAGGUCACUGUGAGCUCUGGUGUGCGGUUUCGAGCAGUCUGCGUGGCCUUCCUCUGCUUCCUGCUCUUCGUGAUCCUUGGGCUCUUGGUAUACUUGUUCAUGCCCAAUGUCUUCUUCACCCCGGGCGCCGAUGAGAUCGCGUCAGCCACGGACAUCUGCACGCAGUCGAUGACCAUGCAGGGCACGGUGGCUGCUCGGCCCAUGACGACGUACUACACCAACGUCAAGACCGAGCACGUCGCACAUGUGGUGCCGGUGCCGAUUCCUGGCCCCCCACCGAAGGUCAUCACGCACAAGGUCUACGUGAAGCACCAUCCUUACGACUGCACCGAAGGUUAUGGUAGCUGGAAGACGCAGUGGUCUCAUGAGCACCAGCGCUACUGCUGCUACAAGUUCAAGGAGUCCUGCACGACGAAG